AUGCACUACCGCAUGCCGUCCGCCUUGGUGCGCAUCGCCAACAAGGUGGCGCACAACACGGACCUGCUGUCCCCCCAGGACGCCGCCAACAUGAUGUGGGGCUUCGCGCGGCUGGCCUUCAAGCCGGGGCCGCCGCUGCUGGACCGGCUGCCGCUGGCGGUGGCGGGCAGGCUGCACGAAUUCAAACCCCAGGAGAUCUGCAACCUGCUCUACGGCUACGGCGUCCUGCGCCACCACCACCCGCUGCUGAUGGACGCCGCCGCGCGCGCCUCCGCACCGCGGCUGGCCGAGUUCAGCACGCAGGACAUCGUGCUCACCAUCUGGGCUUACGGUGCCGUCCGCCACAUGCCCUCCGACCCCGCGCUGCUGCACCAGGCCUGCGCCGCGCUGCUUGCGCGGCGGCGGCGGCUGCUGCCGAUGCAGGUCGCGAUGGUGCUCAAGGCGUUCGCCAAGAUCGGCUUCCAGCCGCCGCCGGCGGUGAUGGCGGAGCUGGGGGCGCUCGCGCUCGAGAAGCUGCCGGCCUUCAAGCCGGUGGAGCUCUGCCACCUCAUGUGGGCCUACGCGCGGCUGGGGUACAGGGACGUGCGGUUGGUGGAGUCAGUGGUGGCUCACGUCGUGGGCCUGCUGCAGUCGUCGUCGCAGCCGCUGCCCAAGAUCACGGUCGACACGAUCGUGUGGGCGGCGCAGCAGGUCGGGUUCUGGCCGCAGCUGCUGAUCGACACAGCGGAGAUGCGGGGCGUGUACGUGAACGCGGGCAGCUACUCGGGCGGCCCCGCGCGCGCGGCGGCGGCGGCGGAGGCGUUCGCGGCCGCGGAGCGGGCCGGCAGCGGGGACGCUGGUCAUGGCGGCGGCGAUGAGGGCAGCAGCGGUAGCGGCGACGGCGGCAGCGGCAGCAGCGUGAGCAGUGAAGCUAGCAGCGGCGUCAACGGCAGCAGCGGCGGCGGCGAUCCAGGCAGCAGCGGGCAGGGGCAUCCCCUCUUGUUAGAGCACCGGCAGCACGGGGACGAGGCCGUCCGGUGGCCGGCGGCGCUCAACGGCCACCUCCAUAACCCACAGCAGCAGCAGCAGCAGCAGCAGCAGCAGCAGCAGCAGCAGCAGCAGCAGCAGCUGCAGCAACCGCAUCGGCCGCAGCUGCAGCCGCCGCUGGGCCCGGGGCAGCGGCGGCCGCUGCCCGUGUCGCUGUCCCUCCACCAGUGGAACCACCAGGCGCAGCUCGCGCAGCACCAGAGCCGCCAGCAGCUGCACUCGCAGGGCGGCGACGGGCACCCCGCCGCUGCCGCUGCUGCUGCCGCUGCUGCUGCUGCGGGUGCGGCGUGGCGCCCGAGCCGGAAGGUGGCGCGGAUGCUUGAGAGCGUGGGGUAUGGGGACGACGACGUGCCCAACGCCCUCGACCCGUCGGUCGAGCCCGUGGGAAAGGGCCGGUGA